CUUCAACAAUGAUUAAGUCCAUUAAGCACCGAUUUGUGCCAAUAUAUUCCGGGUCAAUUUUUGGCAGAUUCCAAAGGGGUACCAUCACACAUUUUGGGCGAAUUUUCCGAAAUGCCAUUUUCUUUCGAUUAUGGAGGCUUCAGAUCAUUUAAUCAGGCCGAGGCUAUUCUCCACUGAUAAUGAAGUCUAUUGAUCCUAUUUUCCAUGGAUGAUAAGUCCACUAAGCACCGAUUUGGGCCAAUUUAUUUUCGGAUGACAUUUUUGUAAUUUUUUGUGCGACGAAACGCCGUUUUCUUUGGAUUUUGAAGGCUACAGAUCCCGGAUUCAGUUUGAGGCUAUUCUUCAACGAUGAUUAAGUUCAUUAAGCAACGAUUUGGCGGAUUUAUUCUGAGUCUAUUUUUGAUAGAUUCCAAAGGGGUACCAUCACAUAUUUCAGGCGAUUUUUCAGAAAUGCCGUUUACUUAUUCUGGAGGUUGCAGAUCACGAAAUCAAGUCGAGGCUAUUCUCCGUCGAUAAUGAAGUCUAUUGAUAAUAUUCUCCACGGAUGAUAAGUCCAUUAAGCACCAAUUUGGGCCAAUUUGUUCUCGGAUGGCAUUUUCGUAAUUUUUUGGGCGACAAAAGAUCAUUUUCUUUGGAUUUUGAAGACUACAGAUCACGGAUUCGGUCUGAGGCUAUUCUUCAACGAUGAUUAAGUUCAUUAAGCCCCGAUUUGGGCGGAUUUAUUCCGGGUCAAAUUUUGGCAGAUUCCAAAGGGGUACCAUCACAGAUUUCGGGCGAUUUUUCCGAAAUGCCAUUUUCAUUCAAUUCUGGAGUUUGCAAAUCACGGAUUUAGGCCGAGGCUAUUCUCCACCGAUAAUGAAGUCUAUUGAUCCUAUUCUCCACGAAUGAUAAGUCCAUUAAGCACUUAUUUGGGUCAAUUUAUUUUCUUAUGACAUUUUCGUAAUUUUUUGGGCGACGAAAGGCCCAUUUCUUUGGAUUUUAAAGGCUACAAAUCACGGAUUCAGCCUGAGGCUACCCUUCAACCAUGAUAAAGUCCAUUAAGCACCGAUUUGGGCAGAUUUAUUCUCGGUCAAAUUUUGGCAGAUUCCAAAGAGGUACCAUCACAUAUUUCGGGCGAUUUUUGCGAAAUGCCAUUUCUUUUUCGAUUCUGCAGGGUGCAGAUCACGGAACUAGGCCGAGGCUAUUUGAUAGACCGUCAUUUACACAUGUUUUUACCCCCGUUCUUACACCGUUUGAGGUGUUGAUUCUCGUGUUUUAGGCCGAUUUCACGCUAGGUUGUGCUUGUUUGUGAUAUUUCAGGUCCUAGUACGUGAAUGAAGGCUUAGGAGCGAGUCUGGGGUCGAUUGGACGAAGAACGGACGAAUGGCGAGGUUUUUGGGGAGCUGCACGGGCAGACCAGGGAGGCUGCACGGCCGUGCACGGUUGCAAGCUGGCCGUGCGCCUCAUGCCGGGGAGCUGCACGGGCAGGCCCUGAAGAUUGCACGGCCGUGCACCUGGCCGUGCAAGAAGCCUGAGUUCGACUUAAGGGAUACGCUGCGUUUCAUGGUGCACGGCCAGAAUGGUGAGGUGCACGGCCGUGCACCCUGGCCGUGCAACUCGGGAAACCCGGUUUUAAAGCCUAAUCCGAGCCAGAAGUGAGAGGACAGUGUUUUUCAAAGCAAAAACAGAGCCCUAGAGAGAGAAAGUACGAAGAACACAUCCUAGAAGCUGUCUUAGAGCUGGAUUUCAUCGAAUCGAGCCUGGAGAUCGUCAUAGGAGUGAAAAUCAUCGUCCCGGAGCAGAUUAUCCUCAUCGUUAUGAGUAUGACUAAUCCGAUUCUUGUUUUCUCUUCUCUCUCUAUGGAGUAGAACCCUUCUCUCACUUGGGGAUGAAGAACCCUAGUUCUAUGUGUUAGGGAUUGAUUGUAAUGACUUGGGAUGAUAUUACUGUUUGGUUUUAAUCGAUUGAGACAUGCUUUAUUGAGUCAAUUGAAUCUUGAUCAAAUUCUCUUGAUUUCUGCUUUAACCUAUGAUAGAUAGAAUCUGAUUAGGUUAAGAGAGCUUCCUUGAUUGAUAGUGGUGAAUUGGUUAUACGAGAGUUAGCCAGUUUACUGCUCUGUACUGGAAUCUAAUUCCAGUAGUGAAUUUCUGUUCUUACUGCUUCAGCUUUCUAUCCCGGUGAAGACUAGUCGUCUGCCGGGUAGUUAGACUGAGAGGGCUUGGUCAGCUUAAGAGAUUCCAAGCUACUGCCGGAUCUUCCGCAGUCUAAUCAACAGUAAAUCAACCCAGGGAAUUGCAAUUGAACCUAACUAAGGAGCUAGGGGGAUUCAUUCCCGAGUGACUCUUUCCUGCUUAAGAAAACCGAAUAAUUUCC